ACUUGGGAGCGGUGGAAAUUCGGGUGGGAGCGUAUCGCAGUCGCAGCAGGGCUGGGUGCUGACUUUUUGAAUCGACUCAUAAUCGUCCGGGAGAACUCACUGGAAGUGGAAUUUAGGCUCUUACUCGCGCUUCUUUGGUGUUUUGAGAACGAAUGUCUUUUGAGUAUUCCUGCAAGUCUUCAUUGCAUUUGAGAUGAACUGACAGAUUUCAGCCUGGUGGUAGAAAUAUAAUCGUUUUAGUAGGACCAAUAUGUCGAAUUCAAAGGCUAAUGAGGGUGGUGGCAAUGCUAAGCGAAGUCUUCCUUCAUGGAUGAGUGGGAAGGACGGUGGGAGUACUUCUCGAGGCAAGAAACCAAACAGUUCUUGUUCUGGUCAAAACGAUGUGAUGGCCGAAGCUGAAGAGCCGAGGCAAGAGAAAGUAAUUGGUGAAGGCCCAGUGAGCAGUUCAUUACACACAGAUUUCACCAGACUUCUGGAAGGAGUAGUUUUCGUGUUGUCAGGUUUUGUUAAUCCCGAGCGCAGCAUUCUGCGGUCCCAGGCAUUAGAAAUGGGAGCUCAAUAUAAGCCCGAUUGGAACUCAGAUUGCACUUUGUUGAUCUGUGCUUUCCCAAAUACCCCAAAAUUUCGACAAGUGGAAUCAGAUUGCGGAACAAUAGUAUCAAAGGAGUGGAUUUCAGAAUGUUAUGCACAGAGGAAGCUCGUUGACAUUGAAAGCUACCUCCUCCAUGCUGGAAAACCCUGGAGAAGAAGCAACGAACCACGUGAAGCCACCCCAGGUGAUUUAGAAAUACCUUUUCCAACGCCAUCCAAGAAACCUCAGAAACCAGUUGAGAAGAAUUCACGUUUAAAAUCACAUGAGCAGGAGAUAGCUCAGAGUAGAGAGAGUAUUUCUUCAAGAGAGUGUUUUUCUCCUUCAAAAUUGAAGAAGUGGGCCAUUGAUGAUUACCAUAAAACACUUUCUUGGCUAGAUAGUCAGGAAGAAAAGCCAGAUCCAAGUGAGAUAAAGAAAAUAGCAGCAGAAGGAAUUUUAACUUGUUUACAAGAUGCCAUAGAUUCUCUACAUCAAAAUCAGGACAUCAAUCAGAUGACUGAAGAAUGGAAAUUCGUUCCCCAGGUGGUGGAAGAGCUGGCAAAACUUAGCAGUAAGAAAGAGUCAUCAAAGGAGGAACUCUGCAGGCAUGCUACAGAUUCUAAAAGGGUUUAUGAAGUAGAACUUAAUUCUCUACUUGCCAGUUCCCCAGAAAGAAAGAAGAAGCCGCCAAAUAUCAAUAAAGAACUGAAGAAUGGUCAUAAAGCAAAGGAAUACGAUAGUGAUGACACGAUUGAGAUGACUGAGGAGGAGAUAGACAUUGCAUUCCAGAAAGUUGCUUGUAAGAAGAAGACCUAGUUGAGGUCCUUUGCUCGCUCAACCAGGCAUAUAAAGGAAAGAGAGAAGUCCGAUGAGGAUGGUUAAAGUUAAAAGCUCGAGUGCGGGUCCCCCGAGUUAAAAAAAUGUGUUGAUGGAGGGUCCUCGAGUUCAAAAAUUUGUGAGCAAAAGAUUUAUUCAUCGAUCAGAAGAAUGAUAUUUGGUAUCUUAUUCACUUUAACUAUGUUUAACUUUUAUAGAACUUUCGAUGUUAUCUCAACCAUCUGUCAAUGAAAUUAUUCUUUUUAGCGA